AUGAACCAUCAACCACAAAAGCAUGCCAGCAAAGGCAAAGCAAAAUCAUCCAUGGCGAAACAAGGCAGCAGGAUGCUCAGCAGUCUUCCCCAUUUCUUCCAGCCCCUCCUUCCAGGCUUCCACAAUCGCUUUUCGAUUCCAGUUGGAUUUGGGAAGUACUUGGAAGGAAGGGAAGUGGGUGAAGGAAAUAUUGCUGUGCUGAGAAGCCCUGGAGGGAAAAUCUACAGAGUUGAGAUGGAGAAAGGAAGAGAAUUCAAAGAUGGGUGGAAGGAAUUCGUUGAUGAACAUGAUCUGCAUGUUGGUGAUGUGGUGGUGUUUAGACUUGUUGAUGAUCCCAUGGUGUUUGAUGUCAUGAUUUUCGACCGGAGUGCUUGCGAGAGGCCAUACCCUCCCAAUGAAGUUGAUGUGAAGACAGAGGAAGCAGUUGCAGAAGAAGAAGAAGAAAGGCCUUUGCCAUGUGCUGCUGCUGGUGUAGCAGAACCUGAAACAGGGCUCCAUAGCAUUGAAAAUGGUUCAGGGACACCAAUGGAGACGAUCGGGAUCGCGAAAGAUGGUCCUUCUGAGGCAAAGAAACCCUACUUUGUGGUAUCCAUAAAGCCUGACAAUCUAAAUAAUCGCAGACAGCGUAUACCGAAGUGCUUUUCGAUGACGUAUGGCCUGAAUCUGGGGAACGCUGAGGGGGUUGUUAUGGACGAAGAGGGCAGAUCGUGGCCGGUGAGGAUAAACUGCUACUGGAAAUCCUCUUGCGAUACUUACAUCGAACGAGGUUGGGGAGCUUUCCAGAAGGAAAAUGAGCUGAAGCUGGGUGACACCUUCAAUCUUGAACUUGUUCAGGGUGGUCAGAAGCCAGUCCUACAAAUGUCGGGGCUGCACGCAAAUCCAAUGCUCGAGAAGGCGUACAGAGAGAAGGUAAGGAAGGAGAGAAGAAAGAGAGUGGAAGUUAAGAAGUAUCCAAUCCAUAUUCAGGACUCGCCAGCUGCAGGGUUUUCAGAGAUGGCGGAUACCCAUUUCAUGCUUACUGUAACUAACCACUUUCUGGGAGUUUACCCGAGUAUCCCGAAUAAGUUGGCGCGGUAUGGUGGUCUACAUGGCGGAUCUGGGAGUCUCAUCCUCACAAACGAGAAAGGACGUAAUUGGCUGGUGACAGUCGAGACGAGCACAAACGACGUUACUUAUAUCGCAAAUGGCUGGACCGAACUUGUCAGGGAGAAUGGACUCGGUGUUGGAGACACCGUCAGGGUAGAUCUGGUUGAAAGAGGAAUGAACCCUGUCAUGAGUUUCAAGGUGGUUUCAAGGAAUACCAAUGCCAAACAAAGAGAAACCUUGAGCGAUAAGUAACUAAGCUAAGUGCAGCAUCCUGAAGGAAACCUAUGUUCAUAGAGGCAAGUCAUUUUCAGGCGGCAUUGGAGAUCCGUCUACUGCAUCGGAACUAGAAAUCUAAACAUUUCUGAACUCUGACUAUGUAGUCAAAUGUAAUGUGAAUGGACUUGGUAACCAAAAAAAACGUAUUUUUGGUCGUGAGACCCUUGAGGCUACAACAAGGCCAUAACAAGAGGAUGAAAAAUGUGACCAGGGGAACAUUUUCGAGCAUUACAUGGCGGGCCUGUGCAAAAAUCAGUUUCUGGGCAUACACAGAAUGAAGAACAAGAGUAUGCCCCUCGUGCUUAACAAUCCUUGUAUGAAUAUGGAUGGAGGGUAGCAGAUACAAGAAGCUGUUGUCUACAAAGUAGAGUCCAAAGUUCAAAACUCCACUAACAGUAAUAAUAAUUUACUUUCAAAAGGUUACUGUAUUUCAUCCAGGACAUACUGCCCUGUAUACCCAGAAAAUAAACGAAAUAACUCUUGAACAAUGGCAGAAAAAAUGGGACACUAAGUUUGAAACAAAAAUGCUCCCUACCAAGUACCAAACUAUCAGUAGCACUACAAGGCUAGGGGCUAGGACAUAAACCGUAUCUCUAUUCUUGAUGCAGGUGUAACAAGUUCGACACAUACGGUUUAUCAUAAUCUAGUACAUACUAACUAUGGUAAUAAUCCACACAAAAUCUUAAUCGACGAUUCAGAGAACUAUUGGACUACUCACCUGUAGAGGCUAAGAACCUGUAAUGCAAAGAUCACGACAGCGAAGGAACAAUGUGAUAUGUAUUCCUUUGCUGUGACCAAAAUCUUUCCAUAUGGUGUCCGGAAAAUGCUGAAUAAUAAUGUAGGGUGUUGUGUUGCCUGACAUCAAAAGUUAACAAUAGGUCGAAAAAUUGCUCUAACUCACAUAUAUAAUGGCUCUACUCCAUGGACGUAUCCAACUAUCCAUAACUCAAUGGCUGGAAACUUAGACUGCACUUUUCUUGCUUCGAAAGCCCUCCUUCAAAAGAGCAAAUUUCUUCUUGCACUGGUUCACCGUCUUCCCAGGUACUGCUGCUGCAACUCUUUCCCAACGCUGAUUGAUCUCCUUGGGGAAAGUUUUCAGCGCUUGGACAAGUGCCCUCUCCUGUACAGCAGACCAUACAUCCUGAUCUGAAGAAGAAGAAGAUGACGCUGCUGUGUUUCCAUCACUACUUCCAUCAUCUGGUUUUGGGGUUUCCCCACUCGGAGGUUCUUCAGGUUUAGAAUCCACAGUAGCAGCAGUAUUGACUUCAGAUCCCUGAGGAUUUAUUACCACACCGCCGACUUCUUCCCUAGUUGUGAGAGGAGAAGCAAUGGAUGGGCCAGGUUUCCUCUUCUCCAGAAAGGAAUCAAAAGCUUUGGCAGAGUCAGGCUUUUGCAGGAGGACAGUUUUUGUCGCCUUGAUAAUUUCUUCCACAGAUCUUCCUGUCCCAAUAUACUCUGAGAUAACCUCCCAACGACGAGAUGUGCCCUUAGGAUAUUUUUGCAUCCCUUUCCUCAGAAGCUCGAUCUCUUCUCUACCCCAAGGCUUUUCUUUUCUGCUGCUAGAAGAACUGUUGCUAGUAUGGAAACUCCCAUUGGAUGUAGUAGAGCCGUUCUGCUGUGGUAUCUUCUUCUCAUCUUCCUUCUUGUGACUCUCCUCAACAUCUUCAUCACCUCCGCCACAAGCAUUUCUCAAAAGUUUGGCUUUUUGCUCUACUGUCUCUUUACCUUCCAUAUUUUCACAUAAACUCCUUAGUUGCUCAAUAUCGAAUGACAUGCAAAGAUUUUCAACAUCAUCUUCACGGAGACCGAGCAACCGCUCCGACACAAUAGAUGCUGAAAGGGUACGAAGGCGGGUACGUUCUUUUCUUAAAAGCUUCUUCUCCUUCUCCUUGGCCUUCUUCUGCAGUGAAGCAGCUUCAGCAGCACGCUUCCCUUCCUCUUCUUUUCUCCGUUUCUCUUCUUCAGCAGCUCUUGCAGCUUCUUCCUCCUGCAAUUUUUUGGCUAAAUACUUUGCCUCCUUUUUUCUCUGCUUCUCAGCUUUCUCCUCUUCCUUCCUCCUCGCUAUUCUCGGGUCUUUUCUGUAUGCAUUGUCGACAAGGGCACGGACACGAACAUAUUCUUCUUUUCUAGCCUUUUCUGAGAGCUUUGCAUUUUGCCUCUCCAUCCACCUCUUAUGGUCACGAGAUUCAGCUUGCUCAACAUCAAACUCAUCAGCAUGAGGGAAUUCCCUCCAGCUUUUGAAGCCAUACCAGAAAUCAUAAAAGCUGUCCACUUCUUUUAUAGGACUAUUAUCAUUGCCCAAUGGUGGCACCGGCUGGGUAACAGACCAACGACCAUUCCUCACAAAUGCUGGGCCAAACACUUUAAAGAAGUCCUGGGGUGCACAAUCGGUAGGGAUUUCAUCAUCAAACUCAUCAGUGGAGUCAUAAAUUCUCCUCUUCACAGGGUCCAUCAGAGCCUCAUAAGCUUCUUGGAUGGCUUUGAAAUGAGUUUCUAUUUCAUCCUUUUUAGCUUGUUUGGCAGCCUCAGUCUCCUCAGCGAGAAGAAGAGAGGCUUGUUUGUCAGGAUGAUACUUCAGAGCAACUUCGCGGUAACUUUUUCGAAUUUGCUCUUCUGUAGCAAGGUACCUUAGAUGACUCAACCCUAACAGUGCAUAAUGAUCCUGUUGCGCAUCUCCAGUUCCUUUCUUUUUCCCUUUGCUACUACUGUAAGAUUCAGAUGAUGGCAUGUGGGUCUGCUCCUUGUCUUUGGAAACAGUAUCAUCUUUACUAUCCACAGCCUCCUCCUCAUGUCCAAGGAGUUUAAGAGCAACAGCAUGGAAAGAAUGUCCUGCGGGUUCAUAUUUUUUAGCUUUGACUGGAAGGCCAUUUGAAGAAGCAAACACAGGCUUUCCGCCUACGAGUUCUUGCGAAUAGGUUAUAAGCCGGAAAGAGUUCUGGAGAGUCAUGCUGAUUCUUUGAAUUCACUAUAACCAGUGAAGUGGUAAUAAUCAGAAUUCAAGCCAACCCUCUCGAUAUGAUGAACUCUUUGUCCAAAUCUUGGCGAGAAGAGAGGAAGCCCUGUGUAAAGCCAAGAUAUGGAUGCCCUCGAACCAGAGCUACAAAGCCAACACUUCAAUAGCUCUGAAAUCUGAAGAAAACCCAGAAAGCACCGGCCAAAGCUCACCGCCAACCAGUCACGGGACAGAGCAGCCACGAACAAUACAACCCACUUCGGCCGCCGCCGCCGUCCCUGAACGAGGUGCUUGCUUCUAGAUGGAGUAAAUCGAGUUAACUCAGCUAUACCGUUCUUCGGGAAGAGACGAGCGAGCGAGCGAGCGAGAGUAUGGGGAACGAGAGGGAGAGGGAGAGGGAGAGGGAGAUGUUGUCUCUGCCUCGUUGAAGCACUAAUGGCGGGGUUCGAAGGUAUAUGAGUUGUUGGAUUAGGGUUUCUGGGAGGAAGACGCAGCAGCAAGUUUAGGAAGGGAGGGUCGGCGCCAAUUGCCAAACGA